AUGGCCACAGCAAUAUUAACAAGCAUUAAAGCGUGUGUGCCAGAAUUUAAACCAGAGGAAUUAUCGGAUACGGGCAAAAACGUAGAUCGACGAUGGAAAGAAUGGCUGGAAAACCUUGAACUAGUGCUAGACUUUGAAGGCGUAACUGACCCUGCGGAGGGAGCGUCGAAAAGGAGGGCAGCACUGCUCACAGUAGGAGGACAAACCCUCAGGGAGAUUUUUUCCACCCUUACAGUCGAGGGGGAUACUUACAAGGCCGCAAAGGACGCUCUCACAGCACACUUCUCACCAAAAAAGAAUUUGACAGCGGAUCGAUACCGAUUUUUUUGCACCAAGCCCACAUCACCAGAGGAAACUCAUGACCACUGGAUAACCAGACUCCGAACAAAAGGUAAAGACUGUGAAUUUGAGAACAUGACAUUAGAUGAAGCAAUUAAGCUAGUGGUCACCCUACACACUCCGUCAGACAAACUCCAACGAGACAUUAUAGCAAAGGAUAUGGAUUUGAAAACACUCAUAGACAGUGCCAGAGCUUUAGAGCUCACACAAAGGGAGGUGACCUUCAUGAAGCAAAAUACUCUAGAACCUGUAGAACCAGCGGUAAAUGCAGUGUCAAAGAGAAGCCAUGAGACAAAAGGGGGUUACACAAAAACAUCUCAAGAAGAAACACACGACCGACAAAUACACAGAAACAAAGGCACGUUGGUAGUUUGUAAAUAUUGUGGUCAACAAACACCCCACAAGGGAAGGUGCAAGGCACGCGGGGCCACCUGCAAUAAAUGCAAGAAGAAAGGACAUUUCGCAGUAGUCUGUCAAUCCAAAACAUACAAAGCAUAUAAACCGAUAGAACAGCUCCAAGAAGAGGGUAGUGACAACGAAGAUCCCCAGGUUUCAUACAAGUUUGACCAAUUGACAUGGAAACUUGACCAAGUGACCGCGGGCACAAAAGCAAUGUCACAGCCAUCAGAAUACAACACCGCGGUAACAGUUAGAGUACAAGAUCAACGGCUAAAAGUACAAGUGGACUCGGGUGCAGAAGUCAACGUUAUGGAUUACAAAACAUACAAAACAUUGCACAAACGGCCCCCACUGAGAAAUUCCGGGGCAAAAUUGAAACCAUAUGGAUCAAAGCCGUUGCCAGUAAAAGGAUGCUUCAAAACGAAAGUUCGAGCGAAUGGGCAGGAGGUGAAUGCAACAUUCUAUGUGACAGAGAAACCAACAUCAACUCCAUUUAUGGGCAAGUACACAGCUUUUGAUCUAGACAUUUUGAAAAUCAGUGUAAAUGAACUUCUACAAGUACAACAACCCGAAAGGGAAUUGAGCAACCCAUUACCCGAAGAGGUGACCAAACAACAAGGGACCCAUAUGGCAUACUCGGACAUGGCGAAGCAGUUGACACCUUUAUCCAAAGUCACAGACUUUGUCACACAACUCCAUCAACAGAAAUCUACCGGCGAAUCACCAGUGUCGCAAAUAGUAAAAAAACACCCCAAAGUGUUCCAAGGCAUUGGAAAGCACAAAUAUCGUCAAGUGGAGUUAAUAAUUGAUGACUCGGUCCAACCAAAGGUUCAGGCGCAACGUAGAAUUCCAUUUCCAAAGAGACAGCAAUUUGAAGAAAUCAUUCAGGAGCUCGAGGAGGCUGACAUCAUAGAACAAGUAGAAGGUCCAACGGAGUGGAUAUCCAAC